AUGAUACAACAUUUCAAAAAUGUGUCCAGUUCCUCAUUUAUUUCCACAAAAUCGACAUCGUAUGAUCCGGAAGUAACGUCGGAUACUGAUAAAAAUAUUCUAACAAAACAAUAUUGUGCCGCGCUUUUGUUGAUUGCUUUGAUUUUUUGUUGCAACACAGAUACGUUGCUUGCCGCCAAAUUAACAAAACAAACAACAGCAAUCAAAGCAGCUGAGACUAAUUUAAAUACCACAAAAAAUGAAACAACAGUUGCAACAAUAGCUAAUGCAGCUACUACUUCAUCUGAGGAAGUAGAUGAAGAUGAUGACGAAGCUGAAGCUGAAGCUGAGGCUGAUGACGAUGAUGAAGAUGGCGAUGAAAGUGAAGCUGUUGCAACAACAUCUGGUGAGAAAACUGCUGUGCAGCCAGUAAGUGACUCAACUUCAUUGAGUGUCUGGGGUAUGGUGCGUGGCAUCUGGAAUUGGCUGAGAGACGAUAUCAGUGAAAGCCUCUUUGGCGAUGACAGCAGCACAACAGCGGCAAGUGAAGGACGUACAUUUGGUAAAAUUCGUCGUUUACAAAUGGCUCUGAUACCGAUCAUUUUUAAAUUUGGUAUACUAACGGCAAUGGUUGCAUUCUUAGUUAUGUUAUCAAUGAAGACCAUCUUCCUGCUUAAGGUUUUAAUAUUCAUGAAUGCUGCUAUUGUUCUUGGUAAAUUUUUGACACUGAAAGCUGAUUGGGUACCACAUACUACAUCAUAUGUUGCACAACAGCCAUGGAAUUAUGGCACCAAUGGUUGGAAUCAACAUGUAAGUAAGAGUUGGACAACACCAGAACAAGAAGUACAACAUCCAAGCAAAGAAAUUCACUUACACAUACAUGGAGCACAAGCACAACCACAAGUACAAGCUUAUUCAUCAUAUGGCACCCAAACGAAUCAGGGCUGGGAAAGACGAAGCGAUCCUUAUUCUGCUUAUGAACCAAUAGCAGUGGAAAAUGAAGUAGAACAUGAUGAACUCAGUAAUUCAGGUCCGAUAUUACAUUUACCGACAAAAUAUCCGGCAAAUCAUCGAAGUUAUUAA